GUCUUUUCAACUUGAUUCAUUUCAGCAAGAUUCCACAACUUACAAGUUAUUUUUUGAGCUGGUGUUUCCACCUUAAUGCGACGUGAUAAAGAUGUAUGAGAGAAGAGUAAUUACGAAAUCUGAGUUUCACUAUAUGCGAGUUUCACUGGAUGUUCAGAAUCCAGCCAAAGCCCUCCCGGUGGAGCUGACCAAUGUCUACUUCAAACAAGCAGUUACUGCUGCACUGACUCGACUGUUUGGCGAUAUAGGUGGAGCCAUGGUAGCAGUCGAUGUGCUGAAAUACAAUGAGGGAGAUCGGUCAGCCAUACUUCGAGUACACAGCCACAAUCUGGUGAAGCUGUGGAGCGCCCUCACGCUGACUGACCGAUACAUGAGCCGCAAGUGUGCGUUCAGAGUGCACCAGGUCUCGCCGUAUCUGAUGGGGCUUGCAGUGAACAGCAGGGAAUACGAGCAUACCUGAGACGACCAAGCGCGUCAGCCGUGGAGUCUAGGAGGUGUGGGAAAUGCCGUGGGCUGCCGUGGCUGGGGAGAGGUGAGAUCGAUGCUUGUCAUGCUUACCUGCCAAUCACCAGGCUGACUGCCCAUGACCUGCUGCCAUCUAGUGGGAGUUUCUGAACUCAAUGCUUGGCUUUGCCAGCUAAAGGACGACAGAGGAGAAGAGAAGGGGGAGGAAGAAGAAGAAGAAGAGAAAGAAGAAGAGGAAGGAAAA